UGAAAAAUUAGGCUACAUCAGCCCUCUGUGGUCUGCCAUCUACCUCAAAAAACUUUCUGCAAUUUUUGUGCAAAAUGUUGACGGAGUUGAUGCCGGUUACUGAGUCUGUUUCAAACGAAACUGUCCUGUGUAACGACUUUGGUCUGGAGAACUGUGUCAAGACGCCAUUAUAUGCUGUUCCGAUUGUCAUCGGGGUUGUUCUGGCGAUCACCUUGAACCUCUUCAACAUUAUCGUCAUGAGUAAGAUUAACGUGCAUCUUGGCUAUCGGGGGUAUUUCUUGAUGAAUCUGGCUGUUGCUGACCUCCUGUCUGGAGUCGUGCUUUCAAGUGCCAUAUACUACAGUGUACAUCAAAGAUGGCCCUGCCGGAAAUUGGCUUCAGACAUGGUUGGAUUCUUCACUUCUGUUGUGUUUUGUGAAUCAAUACUCUCUCUGACCAUGGUCAGUUGUGAGCGUUAUUUAUCAGUUGUGUGGCCGUUACAUUAUCCAAGAUGGGUGAACCAAAAGUCGUGUGUAAUCGUGAUCGUCUGCUCGUGGUUGCAAAGUAUUGCAAUCUUUUCCAUGCCGUUUCUCGGAAUUGGUAACUUCAGCUACGAGUGGAUGAGUUAUGUCAGCCAUUACGACUUCAGGAGUUCCAUUGCGUCUGCUUCCCUUGGAAUCAUGAUAACCGUAUCCACAGUUGCUAUUGUUACCUUCUGCUUCGUGAGAAUUUUCCUCAUCACCAGACACCAUGUCAGAACCAUCAACGCACAAAUGUCGUCUGUUCCGAACUCGACAGCAAAAAGAUCUCAUCUUGGGAAGGGAAUCAAGAUGAUUGGAGUCACAGUUCUGGUUUUUGCCCUGCUAUGGUUCCCAUACGUCAUUAUGGAAACCGUGUAUGCCAUUCUCCAAGUGACACCGUCUCGUCUUGCCGAUUUUAUCGGUGGAUAUCUGGGUGGUUGUAACGCAUUCAUCAAUCCGCUGAUCUACUAUUACACCAGCGACUUGUACAGAAAGAAAAGUCGGGAAUUUCUGCGAAGAGUUCUCUGCAGGAAAGCACUUGAGGCAGACAACAAUGCUGCACUUGAGUGAUUUGGUUUAUUAAUAUUUUUGUUGUCUUGUAGUGCAGGUGGUUGUGAUUUCUUAGUCUCUCCUUAGAAAAACUGUUGUCAAAACUCUCACAGAAUACUUAGGAUUAUUCUUUGCACAUAGUUAGGUCAAAUAAGGUGACAGUAUGAUUUGGCAAAGUUAGGGAGGAUCUUGUAGUGUUGUCGAAUAUCUAUAGUUUUGGACAGUUUCAGAGCAUAAAGAAUCCAAGGAUUUAUUCAUGUGGGUUUUGUGAGUAUUCCAUCACAGCACUUUAUAACACCUACUCUACACGUAAAAAUGUUUGUGGUUUUAAAUACUGAGCAUUCAAGUCCUCAAAGUAUGUUUUCACGGGGAACAAUGUUUGCGAUCACCA